GACCUCCAUUGCAGUUUUGAGGAUGCUCAGGCGGUGCUGGAAGACUACUCCAACACGGUAAACUUUGAGAGUGGCCACCUGAACCCUGACGAGCAGCAGUCUGACCCCAACGACAAGGCAGCCACUUACACCCUGACCAACGUGGUGCCUCAGGUCCUGGAGUUCAACAUCGGAAGACCCACGAGCACACCAUCCGCCGCCGCCUCAACAACUACUGCCGCGGUACCGCCUUCGUGGUCACUGAUGUCACCACCUUCGGGAACAUGAUCCGUCGCCACAACAUAGACCGCGUGGCUGUCCCCAUCUACUUGUGGUCGGCCUACUGCUGCAUUGACUACGACCGCAACUCGCCCUUCAAGGAGCGCUCCAAGUUCCCAGCCUAUGCGGCCCACGGUCUCAAUGAGAAAGAGAGGCCUGAAGUGGUGGAGAUGUCUGUUCAGCAGCUGGAGAACUUCCUCAAGAGUGUCACCUUUGUGGACAAGACCUUUCAGAUCUUCUAUGAUAACUGUGUGCCCCCUGAUAAUGGCCUGCACAUGUCUUGACACGAUACUUAAAAUAAUGUGUAGCUUGAUUUACUUGACCUGUAAUGUAAUGGGAAUGGAGGUAAAUCUGAUGUGUUGUCUUUCAUAAAUGCUCGCGGUUUGCUUCAUCCUUCAUUUCAUUUCUCUCUGGACACAUAUAUCAUGAUCUCCUGCCUCAUAUAUCGAAUGUAUAGCCUGCAAGAUACAACACAUUUUACACAUAAAUUAAUGCAAUCCAAGUAAUGGUAAUUUACAAUCCGAGUUUGCAUACUCAUAAACCCUUUUAUAAAGCUGUAAAUCAUAAACAAGUAAGCUUUAACUUGGCAGAUUUAUAAGCCCCAUUUUCAAAGAUUCCAGUUCUGAAAACAUCUUAUUUUUGUGUUGAGUAAAGACUGUCAACACAUUUCUAUUUUUAGUCUCUUUUUCUCUCAUAGUGAGAUGUGUGUAUAGUUCGAUAUGAAAUAUGCACAAUUCAAGACCAAAAACACAUAUCGCAACACUACUUAUCUGAUGAACAUACCUGUAUUGCACUCAGUCACUCAGUCACUCACACACACACACACACACACACACACACACACACACACACACACACACACACACACACACACACACACACACACACACACACACACACACACACACACACACACACACUCCUUUGUCUCUGAUCAAACAUUGGAAGUUCCUGUGUGCAUUAUCUGUCUGUGGUAAUGUGCUAACCUACUAUUACCACUGCCCUGCCACUGAAACUCACCUGAUGCUGAAGGCCAUUUGUUCUCCACGGAGAUAGAUUAGAGCAGGUUUUACAUUUUACAGCAGAGCCUGCUCUAAGCGUAAGUGGAGGAGAGAAGAAAGACUGAGAUGACAAGACAAAAGAGCAUUAAUGGCAGAAGGCUUUGCACAGGAGUGUUCCACACAGCUCAGUGUAAUCGGUCCUCUCAGUACAUUGCAGUGUUCCAUGAGAGUGGUGUUAUGAUAGGUGAUGGCCAAUUCAAGGCCUGUCAUGCUCUGAUUAGACAAUCCAAGGAAUAGAAUGAAAGGCAGCAUUCAAGAACAGCAAAAAAUUUGAUAUGCUGCCUAGACCGUGAUAUAAUCCUAUAGUCUAUAGAGUACCACAGUAUGUCAUAAUACCCAUACAACUUAGCGGUCAAACACGGAAAUGGUUCCAAUAACUUUUCCACCAUAACUUUUUCCCAUAGGGGAUUUUAGAAACACUUCAAAUAAGGGCGGUGUUUCGUGUAGGCUUACACUUGCGUGAUAUUUUGAUAGUCUUGUAUAUCACUCUCGGACAAGGUGAUUUUUAUCGAUAUAUUUGCUUGUAUUUACCCUCCCAAAAUGAAAUGCAUUGGGCCAGUAACCAAAAGGUUGCUGGAUCAAAUCCCCGAGCUGACAAGGUAAAAAUCUGUAGUUCCACCCCAGAGAAAGCGGUUAACCCAUUGUUCCCUGGGCGCCGAAGACGUGGAUGUCGAUUAAGGCAGCCCUCCGCACCUCUCUGAUUCAGAGGGGUUGGGUUAAAUGUGAAAGACACAUUUCAGUUGAAUGCAUUCAGUUCUACAACUGACUAGGUAUCCCUAUUUCCCUUAGGUGUCAGCUAGAGAUGGCUUGCAGAGAUGUGUAGUCUUGCAUGAUGUCUACUUUGAUGAUAAUUAGAAUCUGAGAGUAAAUAGAGCCAAAUAUAUUGAUUAACGUCACCUUGUCCGAGAGAGAUUUACACGGUUAACAAAACACCAUACCAGGGAAAACCUACAUGAAACACAUACCUUGUUUGAAGUGGUUCUAAAAUGCCCUAUGGGAAAAUGAUAAGGGAAAAAAUGAUUGGAACCAUUUCAGCGUUUGACCACUAGGUUUUAUGGGUAUUAUGACAUGUCCACAAGUGGCGGUCAAUGCCAUUUAAGAUUUUUUUAUGAGCAUGGCCUUAAUUCUACUACAGCAUAUUGGAUGACUGUCAUUCAUAUUCCAUCCACCCAGUUCAAUGUAACAUUGAUAGGUUUCGGCUACUACAUGAUACUCACAUUUUCCCUAUACCCAUCAUGAGGUUGCUACAACCUUUACAAUGUAGGUGCACAGGUCAAGAGACAUUUGAGUAAUCAAGGUGAAAGACAGUGAGUGACACAUUCAAUACCGCCUUGCACACUCUUGCCAGUAUCUAGCUGAUCUAGAUUGUAAUCAAUUAGUCCAAUAGUUGCAAAUGAGAGUUUCUGUUGGACAAAUUCAGGUAUGUUUAUCCCCGUUUCGCUCCGUUUGCUUCCAUUUAAGAACGUUUUUCAACAGAAUCGGCGGAAUGAAUACACCCCUGAUCACAUGCAAACACAUUUCACUUUCAUAGCAGCUACAUACAAACAGCAUGAUCACUUUGAUCAUUGUAGCUAUAUUUCCUUCUCGCAUCUACAUGCUCUCCUCCUCUCACCGUGUCCCUAUGCCUGUGGAUCUCAGUGCACAAAAUAUCAGCUGUCUGUGACCAGGCAAAAAAAAACUUUCCAAGCCAAACCUUUAUAUCAUAAUCGCUAACCACUACACACAGCCUAUUAUCUAACAUCAUAGUCAACAUAGCUACUAGAACUAACGUGUUAGUAAACCCACUACAGUACAGUUACACCAAGCAGUUUAGCAGAUACACCGGCGUGUCCAUGUGGCAAUAAAUUACAGUGCCUCGCAAAAGUAUUUAUCCCCCUUGGCGUUUUUUCCUAUUUUGUUGCAUUCAACCUGUAAUUUAAAUGGAUUUUUAUUUGGAUUUCAUGUAAUGGACAUACACAAACUAGUGAAAUGAAAAAAAUUACUUGUUUAAAAAAAUUCAAAUAAAUAAAUAACGGAAAAGUGGUGCGUGCAUAUGUAUUCACCCCCUUCGCUAUGAAACCCCUAAAUAAGAUCUGGUGCAACCAAUUACCUUCAGAAGUCACAUAAUUAGUUAAAUAAAGUCCACCUGUGUGCAAUCUAAGUGUCACAUGGUCUCAGUAUAUAUACACCUGUUCUGAAAGGCCCCAGAGGGGCCGCCCAUGAAAACUCACGGACUAGACAAGGAGGGCAUUAAUCAGAGAGGCAACAAAGAGACCAAAGAUAACCCUGAAGGAGCCGCAAAGCUCCACAGCGGAGAUUGGAGUAUCUGUCCAUAGGACCACUUUAAGCUGUACACUCCACAGAGCUGGGCUUUACGGAAGAGUGGCCAGAAAAAAAGCCAUUGCUUAAAGAAAAAAAAAGAAAAACACGUUUGGUGUUCGCCAAAAGCCAUGUGGGAGACUCCCCAAGCAUAUGGAAGAAGGUACUCUGGUCAGAUGAGACUAAAAUUGAGCUUUUUGACCAUCAAGAAAAACGCUAUGUCUGGCGCAAACCCAACACCUCUCAUCACCUGAGAACUCCAUCCCCACAGUGAAGCAUGGUGGUGGCAGCAUCAUGCUGUGGGGAUGUUUUUCAUUGGCAGGGACUGGGAAACUGCUCAGAAUUGAAGGAAUGAUGGAUGGCGCUAAAUACAGGGAAAUUCUUGAGGGAAACCUGUUUCAGUCUUCCAGAGAUUUGAGACUGGGACGGAGGUUCACCUUCCAGCAGGACAAUGACCCUAAGCAUACUGCUAAAGCAACACUCGAGUGGUUUAAGGGGAAACAUUUAAAUGUCUUGGAAUGGCCUAGUCAAAGCCCAGACCUCAAUCUGUGGUAUGACUUAAAGAUUGCUGUACACCAGCGGAACCCAUCCAACUUGAAGGAGCUGGAGCAGUUUUGCCUUGAAGAAUGGGAAAAAAUCCCAGUGGCUAGAUGUGCCAAGCUUAUAGAGACAUACCCCAAGAGACUUGCAGCUGUAAUUGCUGCAAAAGGUGGCUCUACAAAGUAUUGACUUUGGGGGGGUGAAUAGUUCGUUUUUUUUGUCUUAUUACUUGUUUGUUUCAUGAUAAAAAAUAUUUUGCAUCUUCAAAGUGGUAGGCAUGUUGUGUAAAUCAAACGAUACAAAUCCCAAAAAAAUCCAUUUUAAUUCCAGGUUGUAAGGCAACAAAAUAGGUAAAAUGCCAAGGGGGGUGAAUAGUUUCGCAAGCCACUGUAAUAAAAUCAAAAGCUUACCUUGACUUGGAAGAGUUCCAGUGUUGGAUAGCCAUAGCCAGCUAGCUAACAUACAGUAGCAUCCCUUUUCUGGUUGAGCGGGGAUGUUUGAGUAGACUAAACUAAGUGAAUAAUAAUGGAAUACAGCUAGCUCUCUUUCCCUCUUUCUCUCUCUCUUUCUGUCUUGCUUCUCCUUCAUUUUUGAAGAAAUUAAUUUGUUAAAAACUGUUCAACUAUUGUCUUUCUCUCUCUUUGAGUCAACUACUCACCACAUUUUAUGCACUGCAGUGCUAACUAGCUGUAGCUUAUGCUUUCAUUACUAGAUUCAUUCUCUGAUCCUUUGAUUGGGUGCACAUCAUGUCAGUUCAUGCUGCAGGAUCUGAUAGGUUCAAGGACGUCCUCCGGUAGUUGUCAUAAUUACUGUGUAAGUCUAUGGAAGGGGGUGAAAACCAUGAGCCUCCUAGGUUUUGUAUUGAAGUCUACUCAGAGGAGCCUGGAAACUAGCUGUCCUUCGGUUACACCAUAGUGUCACCCUACAGAGUGUUGUUGAGGCUACUGUAGACCUUCAUUGCAAAACAGUGUGUUUUAAAAAAAUACAAAUAAAUAUUUUUAUGAAAUUCACUGAGGAUGGUCCUCCCCUUCCUUCUCUGAGGAGCCUCCACUGGCUUCCACUCCCUAGUGAGUGUACUACCUCCUCUGCAAAGACAACACUGAGCUCACUAAGCUGGGACUGAACACCUCCCUCUGCAACUGGAUUCUGGACUUCCUGACGGGCCGCCCCCAGAUGGUGAGGGUAGGCAACAACACAUCUGCCACGCUAACCCUCAACAUGGGGGGCCAUCAGUGGUGCAUGCUUAGUCCCCUCCUGUACUCCCUGUUCACCUACAACUGUGUGGCCGUUCACAACUCCAACACCAUCAUUAAGUUUGCUGACGACACGAUGGUGGUUGGCCUGAUCACUGACGACGAUGAGACAGCCUAUAGGGAGGAGGUCAGUGACCUGGCAGUGUGGUGCCAGGACAACAACCUCUCCCUCAGCAAGACAAAGGAGCUGAUCGUUCGACUACAGGAAACAGAGGGCCGAGCAUGCCCCCAUCCCCAUCGACGGGGUUGUAGUGGAGUGAGUCAAGAUCUUCAAGUUCCUCGGUGUCCAUAUCACUAAGGAAUUAUCAUGGUCCUAGCACACCAACACAGUGGUGAAGAAGGCACGACAAUGCCUCUUCUCCAUCAGGAGGCUGAAAAGAUUUGGCAUGGGCCCUCAGAUCUUUUAAAAGAUAUACAGCUGCACCAUUAAGAGCAUCUUGACUGGCUGCAUCACCGCCUGGUAUGGCAACUACUUGGCAUCUGACCGCAAGGCAUUACAGAGGGUAGUGCGUACGGCCCAGUACAUCACUGGGGCCAAGUUCCUGCCAUCCAGGAUCUCUAUGUCAGGUGGUGUCAGAGGAAGGCCCCAGCCACCCAAGUAAUAGACUGUUCUCUCUGCUACCGCACGGCAAGCGGUACCGAUGCAGCAAGUCUGGAACCAAUAGGACCCUGAACAGCUUUCUACCCCCAAGCCAUAAGCCUGCUAAAUAGUUAGUUAAAUAGUUAACCAAUAGCUACACGGACUAUCCACAUUGACCCUUUUUGCAUGAACUAUUUUGACUCAUCAAAUACGCUGCUGCUACUGUUUAUUAUCUAUCCUGUUGCCUAGUCACUUUAUCCCUACCUAUAUGUACAGUACAUACUGUAUCUACCUCAAUUACCUCGUACCCCUGCACAUCUACUUGGUACUGGUACCCCGUGUAUAUAGCCAAGUUAUCGUUACUCAUUGUGGAUUUAUUCCUCUUUAUUAUUUUAAUUUUAUUUUUCUUUCUUUCUGGAAGGGCCCGUAAGUAAGCGAUUCACUGUUAAUCUACACCUGUUGUUUACGAAGCAUGUGACAAAUAAAAUUAAUUACAAUUUGAUUUGAUUAGAUUAGAUUUAACAAGGUCUUUAUGGCCUUUAUGCUUGGUCAAAUCCUACUCAGGUUGUUCCCCUUAAAGUUCCCCCUAAAUUGCUAGAUUGAUGGUAGCAGUGGGGAUAGUCUCUCAGGCUGACAUUUAUUACUGUGUCCUUGUCUACUUUGGGGUUUGUGCGUGGGUUGCUUCUCGAUAGAGGUUAAAGUGACCUGGCCUCCUUGUAUGUUAGGAUACUACUGCUCUGUCACCACUUAUGUUCUUAUAUUUUCAGCUGUAAAAGUUACAGUAAAUACACGUAAGACUUUGCUGAUUGGACAAUAGAGAACAGGCCAACGCCUAUUCUUGUUAUUCGCUCACAACCCAAAUUGAUUGGAUAGCAGAUGCCUCUGUCACAUUAUUUUACUCACUUUGCAUAUCUGGUCUGUGGCAUUUGAAUUCUAACUCUACACCUUGUCUUUCAUUUCGCUCUCCUGCAGUCGUUCUGGUAAGAGCCAUGCAAUUCUCUCCGGGCUGGUUGGUGUUGGUGUUCUCCCUGUUCCAUAGUGCACCUAGAGCUCCGGCCACUGUGGUUGAGGACUUCAACCAUGUAGAGCGAUGCAAGGACUCCUUAUACAUGGGAACCCCACCACGGGGAAUCAUUGAUGCCAAACUGAAGAAGAUUUGUCAGCGCUAUGCAGACAAGCCACGCUUCGUGACCCUAUACGACCCUCAGAAACGAAUCCCCGUCUACUCAGCCUACUCCUUCAAGAAGACCGAGGGAGACCGGCGUGUGGACUACCCCUGGAUGUAUGAGCCACAGGUCAGUCAAACACAUUUUUGCUGUUGUUGUGAGUCUACUCCCCAAAUGUUAUGUUAUACGUGUUUCCUAUCUGAAAAGUAUGGUAAUUUUAAGUCCCUAUUCUGCAGUGACAGGAGUUGAGAUGUUAUAGCUGUUAACUGAUUUAUCAUAGCCCUUCAUUGAACAGCAUGUAGCUCCUUUCCCUUUUGUUCAGUCUCAUCAGUGUUAUCCAUAUUAUAGCUAUUUUGGCACAUCGCUUACAUUUGUUCCAUUUAAAUGGAUACUUCAUCCAAACAAAAUUCCAAUGUUGUAUAUGUUGUUUAUUACUAUGUAGUCUACAAUCUGUGAGUGAUGCACUGAUCCUUCUCCCCUCUCUCUCCAGCUGGCAGAUGUUGAUGGCAAUGGGAACAUGCUACCCUUCCCUACCGGCUACCUGCACAUGAAGUUUGAGGACAGCCAGGCAGUGCUGGACGACUACUCUGACGUGGUCCUGUAUGAACGUGGCCACCUCAACCCAGACCAGCACCAGUCUGACCCCCAUGACCGUGCCUCCACUUACACCCUGACCAACGUGGUGCCAGAGAUCAGAGAGUUCAACAUUGGGCCGUGGCGUGAGCACGAGGAGCGCGUCCGUGUCCGCCUCAACAACUACUGCCGCGGCACCGCCUUCAUCGUCACAGGGGUGACCACUACAGGUCACAUGAUUCGCCGGAACAACCAGGACCGUGUGGCCAUCCCUGAGGACGUGUGGACUGCCUACUGCUGCACCGACUACGACCGCAACGCCCCCCACGAUGUCCGCAUCCGCUUCCCCUCCCAGGCUGCCCUGGCCAAGAACGCCAAGGAGGGCAACAAAGUCAACGAGAUAACUGUCCAGGACUUGGAGAACUUCCUGAAGACACGGAUGGACGUGGACCAGAACCUGCAGCUCUUCUAUGACAACUGCAUCUCCCCAUCUCCCCUCCCUCUGUACCUCCACCACACCAUCUAAAAUCUCCCCAGCAGCUACCACACACACCUACUCUGUGUGCUCAAUGGUUUCCAACUAUCUCCAUAGCUCUACUAUUAUAGCAUUUUGAAUGUAAUGUAAUAAACACAUUCGCUUUUUUGGCCUUGAUAUGAAAUAGUAUCUCAAAUGCUCAGUGCACUAGUAGUUUUUAUAAUGAUUAAGUAUGAUGUGCACUGGUAGUUUGUUAAAAGUUUUGUAUUUGUAACAGAACAUUCAUAGCAUUUGUCAUGCUUUGGAAAUGCUUUUAUUAUCUAAGAUCUGCGUUUGCAAAUGACUUCUGUUGUAGCGUAGGCUAAUUGUCCCUCCAGAUGACUUAUGUUGUAAAGUAAACUAAUUGUCCCUCCAAAUGACUUCUGUUGUAGCGUAGGCUAAUUGUCCCUCCAUUCUCUGUAUUUGUAGCACUCUUUUUAACUGCAAUUGUCUUGGCCUCUAUCUGUCCCCUUAUAAAACAGCUCAGUGGCAUUCACAUACAAUGGUUUAGUGUGUCAGCCAUUCAUGGAGAGGUGUUAUCUGCUCAUAGUUGUAAAGUGGUUGUAAAAUGGAUUAUACCAUCAAAAGUGGUAAAGAGUGUAUCUUCUUUGAAUAAAACAAAUGAGUUCUCUGACUUCCAGGUGUCAUGUUUUACUGUUUCAACCAGUCACACAGAAUGCUACAGUAUACCAUUAUGAACACAUCUUUUCAUACAUGAUUUUGGUUUACAGUCCCCAUUUGCCAAUCAUAGUAGCUUUUAUCAUGGUUAUUACUGGGUUAUUAUGUAUAACCUGUUCAGGUAAGUGAUAGUUAGCAUUAGAGUACAGGAACAUUAUGUAGAGAUACAUAAGUUGCUGUUUGAUCAAGUCAUAUGGUUUCCCUUUACUCUACGAACUAAUCCAAAACCGCUGUUUCUGCAGAGAAGGUCCUGCACACUUUUAGGACAUCGUUUUUUCCUUACCAUGUGACCUGGCUCUAAUUUAUGCCUCAUAAUUAAUUUACCUCUCAGAUGACUCUAACUGACACAUUAAAAGUCAUCCUCCAAAAUGUGCCCGUAGCUCAGCCCAACCAGCCGCUCAGAACAUGUUGAGCUGUGUGGUCAGUAGACAAAGUGUUUGUGUGCAUGGGCGAAUAUGAAUGAUGUCUGAGUGUAUGCGGUAUAUAUUUUUUAACAUUAACUUUCUCGUAAACUAGAGCCACUCAUAUCUUCUAUUACUUCUAUUACUUGUUAUUUUUUACUUGACUUGACUUUUAUUCUUAUUGAUUAAUGUACUGCACUGUUGAGGGAGCUAGCACAAAAGCAUUUCGCUGCACCUUUUAUACCUGCUGCAAACGGUGUAUUUGACGAAUACAAUUUGAUUUAAUUUGAUGAUGAGAAAGGCCUCUCCAUAUUAGGCGACCUACAGUUCUCAGUGCCUUUGAACAUGUGACUCGUGUAAGUUUCACCCACUGGAUGUGGGAAUGGCUAGAACUGGGAGCAUCAGGGUUACAGGUGAGUCCCGGCCAAUCGUAUUACAUUGCUUUGCAUGAAAGUAAUACUGUAACUCUGACAGACUGCUAAAUGCUGAUGAGACUGACAGACUGAAGAAUCAGUGACAGAGGAGUGUGAAGGUAUCAGAGCAGAGCUAUUUCUUUAGAGCAUGGGGUCUAUAUGGCGGCAGUCUUGGUAUGCUGCUCUGAGUAUGUUCCUGUGGGUGCCCUGGGGCUGGUGUGGCGUGGUGGAGGACUUUGACCAUGUGGAGCGCUGUAAGGACUCUAUGUACAUGGGCAGCCCACCACGGGGCUACCUGGGGGGCAGCAACCUGAAGAAGAUCUGCCAGCGCCUGGAGGACAAGCCCCGAUUCGUCACCCUCUAUGACCCCCACAGACACAUGCCCCUCUACUCUGCCUAUACCUUCAAACGGUCUGACGGGGAGAAGAGCAUGGACCAGCCCUGGAUGUAUGAACCACAGGUGAGUUGAGGACAGAGGGAAGGGAAGGGAAGUUGAUCAUUGUAACAACUGUGUUUUUUUUCCCAGUGUGAGAAUUCACAUUUCUGUAACUACAAUUAUGUUCUCAUAUGAAGGAGUCUAUUGUGGUCCUUUAGAUAUGGACUUGCACGAUAUUCAAAAACUAAAGCUCACUGUCUUGAUCAGAGAAUGUGUGAGCCUUUGUUUUUUGCAUAACUCACUAUCUUCCUUUAGUAAUAGCAUGAAUUACCGUGAUAAAUAUAGAGCUCUUUAAUUUCACCUAAUUACAAAAGUAGGUUAUAAUUUAAAAAAUACCCAAAUUAAUGACCCCACUCUCUCUCUCUCUCUCUCUCUCUCUCUCUCUCUCUCUCUCUCUCUCUCUCUCUCUCUCUCUCUCUCUCUCUCUCUCUCUCUCUCUCUAGCUGGCCUCCAGUAAAGCCAGCAGUAAUAUGGAGGUCUUCCCCCAGUCGGCUCAGAUGCACAUGCGUCUCAUGGACAGUCAGGCGGUGCUGGACGACUUUACAGAUGUGGCCCAGUAUGAGCGUGGCCAAUUGAACCCAGACCAGCACCAGUCGGAGCCCCUGGACAAGGCAGCCACCUACACCCUGUCCAACGUGGUGCCUCAGAUCAGAGAGUUCAAAACUGGCCCCUGGGCCCAGCACGAGGACCGCAUCAGACAACGCCUCAACAACUACUGCCGCGGCAAUGCCUAUGUCAUCACGGGAGUUACCUCGGCUGGGAACAUGAUCCGGCGAGACAACCAGGAACGUGUGGGCAUCCCAGAGUACAUGUGGACGGCCUACUGCUGUCCAGACUACGACCACAAUGCCCCCUACCUAGAGCGCUACCGCUUCCCUGUGUUUGGGGCCUAUGGUCUGAAUGACAGGGUCAACAAUGCUGUGGUGGAGGUGCCUAUCAAGACCCUAGAGAAGUUUCUGAAGGGACGGAUGGACGUGGACAAGAACUACCAGAUCUUCGACAAUGACUGUGUGCCUGAUGACAUGUUGCCAUAC